CAGCACAGCAUCCGACCAUCCCCAUCUUCAAACUUCUACCUUCAAAGCUCAACUUCGAACCUCAUCUUCUCGGCAUCAUCUUGCCACUUCAAUUGUUUCGAACUUAGUCUAUUUCAAGAUGCCCGCAAUGGCUCAACAGCGCGCUCUUGUGGGCACCGCCCUGGGGCCCAGCCAUAUUGUGAAGGUUCCCCUUGGCCCUCGGUCUCUUGCAGAAAUGAGUCUCAAGGUGGCAAUCGACAACGUCAAACUCAUCGAAAGUCUGGGCCAGAUCGCCCCCCAGUAUGUCGACCCAAUCCUCGCGGCUGUCAAGUCGGCCGAGCAGCUUCACACUCUGGAGCUCAACAGUGACGACAUCUACGAUGAGACCGAAAAGCAUUGGAAGCGAAUUAUCACGAAGGACUUCCCCUUACUAGCUGCUAAGCACGGUUACGCCCCCCAGAACCCAAAGUCGUGGCACAAGGUCUAUGGCAAGUACAAGCAGCUUGACACGGAGCAGCUCGCUGCCGCCACCGAGAAGAUGAAGCAGGGGUUCGCCGCACACAGUCAAGAAAAGCAGUCUCGCGCCUCCACCAUCAUCUCGGCCGAGAGAGGCGGGAAGCUACGUAAACCCAAGGUCAGGUCCGGGUGGGGUCCGUCGCGUGGGGAUCAAACCUUCAUCUCAGCCACCAGGGCCCAACUUCGCCGAGAAGCCAAGUGCUUCAAGCUCCCGACGCCGUCUGGCAAACUUCCCGUCCGGCCAGGUCAGAUCAAGAAACCGCCCCCCGGCAUGGUCGACGAGCACCGCAGGAUGGAGUAUCGCAAUUCAAUCCCAGAACCACCUCCGGUAAUCCGAGCGCCCCGCCCCAGACCGACUCCGGCCGCCACUGGCAGCCCCGACGACCGCGAGAAACGCGAGGCACGCCUAUCUCAGAUCAAGAAUGCAGGCCAACCAAAGGCCGCAGCUGCUAAUAAUGUUCUCAGCUUCAGCGACGACGAGGGUCCCGACAAUUAUCUAUCGGGUGAUGCUAAGCUCUUUGGCGACGCUGAUAAUGAUGACCUUUUUGGGGAGCUCGAACACAAGAAACCCGCGGCUUCUGCUUCAUCAUCACGCCAGGGGCCACGUUCCAUGCCUCAGCCGGCCACUAAUCAAUCUCUCAAGCGCCAGCGGAGCCUUAAGGCUACAGAUACUGAGCAGCCAACCAAGCGCCACCACGGUGUCGAGAAGACAACCCCCUCUGCCUUACUAUCGUCCAACAAAGCCCCCAGGCAGCCCACCAAACCCCUGCGCAAGGGUCUGUUAGCAACACCGGGUGCCAACCAACGCUUUCAAAAGCCAUCGGGCAAGAAUGUCCCCCAGUCUGCUCCCAAAACGGUAGCGCCAGGCGCCGUUGCCCCACGGGCCGACCCCGACUGAACGUCGGAUGGCGAUUGGUGAUGACCCCAAGACCCCGCACAAGAAGGACGCCCAGGGAAAUCCGAUGUACGACGAGAACGGAUAGCCGAUGAUGUUCCGUAAACCACCAGUCC